CUCUGCUGCUCUCCGCUGGGUCUCUCUCUCUCUCUCUCUUUCUCCCUCCGCUGGCGGAGCUGCCUCCGGGGCAGGCAGAGUCUCCGUGGGCCGCUAACCUGAUCAGCCCAGGAUGCAGCAGCCUCUCCGUGGUGACAUCACGGCCAGAUGUUUGGCAGAGCCACACCCCCAGGGGGGGUUGAAGGAGCUCUAACAGGCUGGCUCACUUCUGCCCACAGCAUGCGAGGGAAGAGCUGCCGGGGGUGCAGGAGGCCAGCGAUGGAGACGGUCUGCUUCGAGUGGCCAGCUGUUCUGCGGGGGGUUUGCCUGUCUUGAUGUGCGCGCCGGCAGCCUUUCCUCUUGAGAAAGAGGGCAGGAAAGGGGCGAGCCUUUUGCCCGCGGAGUCCUUCUUGUGAAACCUGCUCUCUUCUCUCCUGCAAGGAAGGUGCCCCUGCCAAGCCUCUGGAGGUGUGGGUUUUGUGCACCCCCGAGAGGCGUGGAAAAUGGCCACAGCUGCCUACUUCGCUGCCGAGUGCCUCGUCUCCAUGUCCAGCCGGGCGAUCAUCCACGGUCCUCCUGAAGAACCAAGACCUCCACCUGUUGGGAUGGCUUCCCCUCUCGCGGACUUGACUCCCAAGGAGAAACCCGAAGGGAAGGAGGCUGCCAGAGACAACGGGGCGGGGGGCACCUCAGUGUAUGCCGUGGCCAGCAUUCUGGCCGACCUCAACCAGCACCUCCCGAAGUCUUCCUCGCUCCAGCUGGAGAAGGUCCAGAGGAUGGAGCCGGAGGAGGAAGCCAGCGCUCCUCUCUUGCACGCAGCGCUCGGCCAAGACCUGGCCUUGCCAGCCAGCGAGUGUGCAGGAGGAGAGAGAGCAGCCACACCUACCCACUUGGCUGCAGAGAACCAGCCCGGCCCGAAACAAAGGAACAGGAGGGGACGGUGCCAGCUCGACCCAGAAUUACCCCAGAAAAAACACAAGUGCCACUACGUGGGGUGCGAAAAGGUUUACGGCAAGUCUUCGCAUCUGAAAGCUCAUCUGAGGACCCACACAGGCGAGAGGCCCUUCGAAUGCCGCUGGGAAGAGUGUAACAAGAAGUUUGCCCGUUCCGACGAGCUGGCCCGGCAUUUCCGCACUCACACGGGCGAGAAGAAGUUCUCCUGCCCGCUCUGCGACAAGCGCUUCAUGCGGAGCGACCACCUCACCAAGCACGCCCGCCGUCACGCCAACUUCCAUCCCAACAUGCUGAAGAGACGAAGCGGCUGCAGCUCCAGGACGGGGUCUCUGAGUGACUACAGCCGGUCCGAUGGGUCCAGCCCCAGGGACAGUCCUGGCAGUUCCCCCUAAAAAUCUCCCCGCACCUGCACGCUGCUUGCCACCUUCGCGUCCAAUUCUUUGGAGUUCUCGUCGCCUCGUAACGCUUUGCUCCCCACCCUCUUUAAACAAAGCAAGAGAAAACGUGGCCUUGUUUUGAAGGGAAUAAGAGGGUGGGGUUUUUCUCCUGCAAGAUUGCUGCAGAAAUUUUUUUUGGCACAGUAGGACUCGAGUUUUAUACGUUUUUCUCCAUGGUCCUUCCAGGAAUCUUUUCCUGGACAUUUCUUUUUGCUCUGUGUGCGUGUGUGUGUGUUUUUAAGCCUUAAAAAGAUGCUCUUUUGUAUAGUUUUUUCUUUUUGCUCAGGUGUCAAAGGGAAUUUUUGUAGGGAAACAAAAAAUGCAAAAUGCAAAACCAGGAACUACAGCCAGGUUGAUUCUAACUUUCCUCCAUCAAACUCUCCUUUUACUCAGGGAUAUAUGUCUAUUUAUGUACAAUGAAGACACCUCCAGCCACAGCCUUGUUUGAUAAAACCGUUUGCACUCUCAGAACCUGGCCUCCGGUCCUGUCCUGCAAUACAGCAAGGAAGUCAGGCCCAUCUUUGCACUCAAACGAUUGGAUUUCACAGUUGGGGUGAACGCUUGGAGGGAUUGGGGGCCAUCUCCUCCACAAUUUCAAUCAACCAGUCCUCAUUUCCCCCCCCCUCUUUUUUCGGGUCGUUUCAUGCUGGAACGAUUCUGCCACCACCAACUUCCUGUUGCAAGAAGAACUGUCUGUAUAAAAAGUUUAUACUCGAAAAAGAAUUGCAGGGGGUAGGUGGAAGAUUUUUUUUUUUUUAAAAAAAGAAAAACUUGAAGUAGGUGCCUUAAUUGCUUGUUUUUAUUCUAAAUCUAGGAAAAUAUAUUUACACUGGGGAAUAUUUUAUUGACGCAUCAAAGGGGUGGGAUGGUGCUCUCUGGGGAUGACAGCUUGUGACAACUUCGAGCGAUGAAGUUCUGGGCUGAACCCCUGUAUCUGCUUCUCUGUCGGCCUCGCGCAUGAAGUGGGCAUCGAUUUGAAUAAUGUUCCAUAUCCUUCUCUUUGCAAACAAAAACAAAACUCCUCUGGAAACUGUGUUUCAGAGUCUUCCAGUCUUCGUCAAGGUAUUUGUGCUGAUUUCCGGCCCUUUUUGACUUACAAGCCGAAGAGUCUACGGAAUUCUGCAUUAUGGCAAAAAAAGUCCAUCCAUAAUCAGAUGGAAACAAGCAACGGUGAUCCGGCAAUACAAUCUUUUGGAGGAUGGUGGAAGCAACUAGAAAGUGUUAAAAAGAUGGUGUUUUAGCUCAAGAGCAGUUCACAAUUUUCCUCGCUGUCAGUGUAGCGUAGGGUCUGAAGGAUGUACUUAAAUCUUCUCCCCAACCAGCAAAAACUCUCGGAUCUUCCGACAGAUUUCCCUUUGUCCUAUCUAGCAGUUUGGACCACUUAAUCCCUCCAGAAGUCCUUCCAAGCAGAAGGAUCUCCUGCAUCCAGGUGGAACCGAGGGUCAACGUGAAAGCUAGCCUAAAAGAGCUAGCUUUCUUGAAGGUCUUGGGACUACUUAAAGAGUUUAACUCAACAGAAGAGAUCUGUGGAUAUGUAAAACUCCCCUUUCAUGAGUGGGGAGAUGAUUCCUUUCAAAACUGGGCCCCAUGUUUGCUUGGCAUGGAUGGAUGGAUGGACGGAUGGAUGGAUGGACGGACGGACUGUGUCCAAGGUAGAUAAUGCAGCCCUCCUGAAGUGGAUGUUCUCUAGAUGUAACUUCCAGAAUUCCAGCUCUGGAGGUUGCUUUCUCAACAGAUGUGGAAGGUUUUGAUAAGACUCAUCUCUUGCUUUUGAAGUUAAGGUCGGGGGAAGCCAGCCAGAAGGUUGGGAGAUGUGCCUUUCCUAGAAACCUUGUUGCUCUUGAACUUGGCUUCUUCCAAGAUUAUAUUUCAAUGCGUGGAGUGCUUUCCCUGUGAUCGUGUUCCAUUUUUUUUUUUAAAAAAAUACUGUUAAUAUAAAUGUAGCCGACUGUAGCACAGUAAAGCAAACUCCAUUCCUUCAAACUACUGUUUACGAUUGAUGCAAUCAAUACAUUCCAAAGGUGUUCUAACCAAGACUUUCCUUCCAAUUUUGCAAUAAUUCCAUUUUGCCAGAUGACUUAAAACACACGUGAGCACAUAGACGUAACUGUACUGUACAUAGAUUUGCAAAAAAGUAAUAUGCCACCCGUUAAAGCGUAGCUGGUAGGUGCUAUUUAUCAAGUCCUCAUCCCCUUGUACUACCAUCUGUUGUAUAAAAAUGGCUCUACAUCUAGAUUAUAUUCCAGUAUUGAUUUCAAAACACAAUUUGAAGUUAGCCCUGCUUUCUGGGUGGGUUCAACACCAGGCAUAAACUGAUCCAACCACCAUAACUAAGUUCUCAAGAUGAUGCUUAUUGUCAUCAUGAUAGGUUCAGAGGAAGAACUGCCCUCUGUCUCUAUCCCAUGAGAAGUUUCAUUUGAGGUUCUCCAAAAACCAGAACUUCGCUUUCCAACCUCCUUUGAUAGCUAAGGAUGGAGGGCAGUUAUCAAAGGCAGGACUUAGAAACACUCAUAACAGCUAGCAAAAAUAUUUAUUACCUAUAGCAAGGUGUGCUUGUGAAGAUAUACGUAGCGAGCAACAAAGGUUUGGAUUGAUGGUGACCAGGAACAGAGAGAUGGCUACAGAAAACAGUAUCAACCCAUCUACCCCAAACCCCUCCUUUUUAUUAAAUUACCAGCAGAACAUUGAUUUGCUCUCCAAGAGCACCAGAUCUCUCUUCCAUUUCACAAACUUGCAAAAAUAAAUUCUACGCUGCCUUAAACGGUCUCCUUCCACUUGGGGUCAGCCAGAUGUGUUAGGAAGUACCAUCCCAAACCCACCUGGAAGGUGGGGAAAGGGAGAUGGCCUUAAACCCAACCCUCCAGAUAAGAUCUUAGCCUUAAUCUUCAAGAGACACUAGCCAUUGCUUAGACUAAGUGCUCUUUUUUCCUUUUGUGGCUCAAGAAACAGGCAUUGAAUCGCCCAAGGAUUAUGCCAAAGAGCUAACCCCCCCUUGGUGCACUCUGAAGAUAGCCAGUGUGGUGAUGUUCCUAACCUUGCUUGAAUGAUUGGAGUUGUAUGAAGUAAAAGAAGUGAUCUCACCUAUAAGGAACGGGCACUUCCACCAAAUCCACGACUGUAUCCCUUUGGAUCAGCAGGGUUCUUAUGAUCUUAUUCCAGGAUUUUACAUUGUUGUUCUGCUGUCAUUUCAUUAACUGAAUCCAGCUGCCUUUCUUUAGGCCAAUCUUGGUCCUGGCCACCAAGCCAGCCAUGGGCCCUUUUCUCCUUCUUUUGCUGGACAGAGGGUCUCGAUCUGAGAUAUUGGUUUAGUGGUGGUUUAGUGGUUUAUUCGACUUGUAUGCCGCCCUAUUCCCAAAGGGACUCAGGGCGGCUGACAAACCAGGAG